AUGUCGUGGCUCUUUUGGGCCCUCCAGUUGUUGACAUGCCAAAUCGCCUUCGCUGAUUUGCCAGUGCAUUGCCUCCACCACGAGAUCAUCGGCAGCUGGAAGUUCGUCCUCGGCCGGCCCAGUGGAACUAGGUCCUCCUGCGGCCAUCUGCGCCCGGACUCUGUGGAUGUCCAGCCCGGUAGAGACGUCCUCGACGCCGUAGACAGAGAGCUCGUGGUGUCCUUAAAGGACCCCAACAUCGCAGAGGCAGAGGCGCACCCUUUGGGCACCUGGACCAUGAUCUACGACGAAGGCUUCGAGGUGGAGCUGGGGCACCUCAACUUCUUCGCCUUCUCGAACUUCACCUUCGAUGUGAACGAGCAUGGCAAGCACAAUAUUUCCCACUGUGACCAGACCAUGGUGGGCUGGUAUCACAACAAGGAUCGGACGCAAUUUGGGUGCUACUACGGCACUAAGAUCCCCACGGAGGAGGAGAUGCAGCUAGCUGUAGAGAUGAAAUCAAGGCACCUCUGCCCCAGCAGAAAAAAGCCCAAGACGCUGCUCUACCAAACGAAGAUGUCGCAGCGCCACCAGCGGAAGGUCAUCGACAAGCUCGCGGAGCGCAUCGAGAGCGAGUCGCUGGGGUGGAAGGCCAAGCCCAUGGACAAAUGGAACGGCCUGUCCAUGCUUCAGGUGAACUCCUACGCGGGCAUCAAGCGUGAGAAGCGCACUUCCGAGAUGCUGCGCCAGCACGGGGCCGCGCUGAAGACGUUGGAGGGCCGCGUGAAGCGGAGGAGCUUCCUGCGCAGCAGCAGCGUGUCCCAGCUGGGCGCCGCUCUCCCCGAGGCUUUGGACUGGACCAACGUCAAUGGCCGUAGCUAUGUGGAAGAGGUCAUGGACCAGUCCGAGUGUGGCAGCUGCUACGUGGCCUCAGCCAUGCGCAUGCUCACUGCGAGACACAAGAUCAAGCAGAACGAUACCUCCCUCUCCCCUUGGUCCAUUUCCUUUCCUCUGCAAUGCUCGGAGUACAAUCAGGGCUGCAAGGGCGGGUACGGCAUCCUUGCGACCAAGUGGUCGCAAGAGGUCGGCCUGCUCCCGGCGGAGUGCAUGCAAUACGGCUCGGAGGGUGCCUGCCAACUAGAGUGCAACCUCAAGGAGCUGAAAGGCCCGCGCUUCCGUGCGGACAACCACCGCUACGUGGGGUCCUGGUACGGGGAGCACGGGGACAAGGUGGAGGAAAUCAAGGCUGAGCUGUAUCACAACGGCCCCCUGAUCUUGGGCCUUGAACCCAGCGAGGACUUCAUGUGGUACUCGGAGGGCAUCUACCGCUCCCCUGGCACCUCCAACCUCAUCCACCCCACCUCCGGCUCGGAGUGGGAGCGCGUCGACCACGCCGUGCUGCUGGUGGGCUAUGGCGAGGAGAAUGGCCAGAAGUACUGGAAGCUCCAGAAUAGCUGGGGCGAGGACUGGGGCGAGAAGGGCUAUUUCCGCAUCGUCAUGGGAGAGAACGACUCAGGCAUUGAGUCCAUCCCGGAGGCGGCCGACGUCGUCGAGGACGAGCAGCGCGGGAGGCAGGUGAACGCAUUCUUCCAGCAGCAGCCAAAGGGGCAAUCGAUGGAGGCGAAGGAGCUGCGUAUCGCGGAGAAGAUCGAGAAGAUGCUCGAGGGGAAGCUGUGCCACGGCAGCACCGCGUCCCGCCGCCCGUUCCCGGGAGACUCCUGGGACAAGCUCAGGCACGCCGCCAGCGUGGUGGGCCACGGUGCCCAGGCCCAAAUCGCGCCGGUGGCGGCGUCCCAAGUGGCCCGGGUGCUGCAGAAGCACGGGGAGAGGCAUAAGCGACGGCGCGCUCUCAACGAAGAGGCGAAGCAGAUCGCCAUGGCGGUGGACAUGUCCAUUUGGGCUCUGGGCAUGAUCUGUGAGCACCAGGAGCGCAACGUGGGCGGGGACUCCACCUCCGCGUGGAAGAUGUGGCUGUCCCACAUGCCGCCCCGCUGCGACCGGGAGGUGGGCAUAAAGGCCUGCUCCCAGUUGCUGCAGCUGGUAGUGAAGAACCACCCUGUGGUCACCGCCACCGAGCAGCUGCCAAGGGUGUUGGCGAUCCUCGCAGAUUCCUACAAGUCCAGAAACUCCAACAGCGCGCUGGACAAGGACAUAGCGGCGGCGGUGGCCAAAGCCGGCGCCGGGACAGUGAAGCAAUUAGCUUCUUCCCUGCCGGAGAGGCAGCAGAAGAAGUUGGAGCAGAUGCUGAAAGAUGAGAGCCGGACAGAUGGCAAUGGCAUGGCGCCCUCCUGA